AUGUCUUUCUACUUUCAAUCUAGAGAAUGGAUAGAUCAAAGGAUUGAUCCUGAGAGUAAUCAGGUUUCAGAAUUAUUUCUUGGAGGUGUUGAUGCAUUUAUUCAAUUUGCGUGUAAUCAAAAAGAUUACAAAGAAAGAGAAACUUUGUUGUGUCUGUGUGCUCGAUGCAAAAAUGUUAAGCAACGCGAAGCAAGAGUUGUCGCACGACAUCUAUUCUUGUACGGUUUCAAGGGAAAUUAUUAUUUUUGGACGAGUCAUGGAGAGAAAUUCAACGAUGUUGGUGAGAGUUCCGGGGCGAAUCAUUCGACGGGUGAAGAAGAAAUGUUAGAGACUCCUAUUUGGAAUGCUUAUGAAGAUCACCACCAGAAUAUUCCAGAGGUACCCGCAGACAUUGCGCCAGCUUACAUGCCGGAAGCUAUAGAAGAGACGGACAUAGCAGAACCCUAUCAUGAUAGUGUUUUUGAAGCAUUUGAAGCAGCCACUCAACCUCUCUACGAAGGAUGUGCAGAAGGAAUUUCUCAGUUGUCUCUUGCUUCGCGGAUGAUGAAAGUGAAGACAUAUUAUAAUCUACCAGAAGCUUGUGUGGAUGAGAUAUCUGAAGUAUUUAAAAACAUACUUCCGCAGCCAAAUAAAGCUCCAACAACAUAUUACGAGACAAAGAAACUGACACGGUCGCUUGGGUUACCCUUACAGAGGAUUGACGUAUGUGUGAAGAACUGUAUGUUAUUUUGGAAGGGAGACGAUGCGAAGUUGGUCAGUUAUCAGUUUUGUGGAGAAGAUCGCUACUACCCGAAGAACGAAAAAGGUAAAAACAAACCGAAACAGAGAAUGUUUUACCUCCCAAUAGCAGAUCGUCUGAAACAUCUAUACCAACUUGAGGCGACAGCUUCCAAUAUGCGGUGGCAUAAGGAACAUGUAACUCCGAAAGGAGAAAUACAUCAUCCAUCUGAUGCCAUAGCGUGGAGUGAGUUAUAUCCUGGAUUUGCCGCUGAAAGCCGGAACAUUUAUCUAUGCUUAUCAACGGAUGGGUUUAAUCCGAUUGGUAUGAAUGGCGAAGCACGUUCCCUUUGGCCAGUUAUUGUAACUCCGUACAAUUUGCCUCCGGGAAUGUGUAUGAAAAGAGAAUUCUUAUACCUCUCGGUGCUAAUUCCCGGGCCCAAACAUCCAAGAAAAAGUUACAGAGUUUAUGGAAAGAUGGUGUGGAGGCAUAUGAUAUUUCAAGGAAAGAAAGAUUCAUAA